AUGGCGGGCAUGUUGGAGCCAUUCGUUGCUUUCGGGACGGAUAUAGUCGGCCUCGAGCGCCUCCUCCGCCUCCUCCAGGCCAUACUUCUUGUCCUAACAAGCUACCCAUCGCUGCUCUCCAACAUCCUCACCUUCCUCCUCCUGCUCCCCCCGUUUUACUCCUCCUCACCCCCCUCCUCCCCGCCCGUCAUCGACGUCGUCUCCACCGCAACCUCGCUGCUCCAGCUCCAGACGCAGCUCAACCUCGCGCGGCGCACCAUCCGCCUCUUCUGGUUCCUCGGCAGCUUCCAGUCGAGCUGGGCGCUCCUCGGCUCGCGCGCCAAGGGCAUCGACUCCUGGCUCGGCGUGCUGGCGCAUUCUGCGCACGGCAUGUUCGGCCUCGUGGAAUCGGCGACCCUGCUUGAUCUUGUGGAUGGUGGGGUGACGCUCUUUGGGCCCGUCGAGGCUGUUAGGCUCGAUGAGGAGGCGCAGAUGUUGUGGCUCGUUGCGCUGUACGCUUCGGCACUGGGCUCGGGCGCCAAGAUUCUCGGUAUGCUGGCUUACCGGCCUGUGCCGCCGACGGGCGAUGGGUUUGGCGCCGCGCUUGACGACUGUCAGGACGCUGCCGCUGAAGGUGAGGCCAAAGAGGGUAAAGAAGACAAGGCCGAGGCCGAGGAGCGCGCGCGCAAGCAUAAGGAGCAGCAGCGACGAGUGUGGGCCGACGAAUUCAACGCAAAGGCGGGCGCUCUGGGCUCGAAGCUGCUCGCCGACUUGCUCGACAUGGUGAUACCCGCGUCGAGGCUCGGCUGGCUCAAGGUCGACGGCGGGCUGGUCGGCAUCGCUAUGGUUUGCAGCACUGUCCUGUCCGGCAAGACGGUCUGGGACCGGUGUCGGCAAACUACUUGA